GUUGUUUGUGUCUGUGGCUGGAGGUCGGAAGCCUGGUCGCAAGGUAUAUAAAAACACUCCUGGUCGGAAGGGUCGGAAGCGUCGGAGAGGGUGUAUGGGGUGUUGAUGGGUUUAUAGGCAUUUAAAAAGGUUUGACCGAGCCAGAAUGGUACCGUCAUAGCCAUGCAGUCCUGGGUACCGGUGAAGGACGCCGAGCGGCUGGCGGUGGCGGUGUACCCGUUCCUGGGCUCGGGGCAGCACCAGAUCCCGUUCUCCAUCGGCGACACACUGCACAUUCUGCAGCGAUGCGGCGCCUGGUACUACGGCUACGCCACCAACAACCGCGCCUUCAAGGGCAUCUUCCCCUGCAGCUUUGUCCGCAUCAAACGCUGCGUGGUCGACAAGUCGCUCAAGGGCGCCGGCACCGUCAUAGCCCGGGAGAACCCGCUGCUGCACGAGGUGACCUCCGUGCUCCGCGAAUGGGGACACAUCUGGAAGAAGCUCUACGAGACGAGCGACCCGGCGCUGAAGCCCGUCUCAGAUAUGCUGCACGACCUGAUUCGGCAGCGGCGGAAGAUCAUCGCUGGCACUCUGCCGACUGACGAGCUACGUCACCUCAAACGACAGGUCACCGCCACCAUAGACCGGGGAAACGAACUCCUGAAGCUGGACCUGGUGGUGCGUGAUGAUCAGGGUAACAUUGUCAACCCCGACCUCACCUCGGCCGUGAAGCUGUACCGGCACCACCAGCAGGCGGCCAGUCGCAGCCAGGACUCAGAGGGAGAACGGGCUCUGAAGCGGACCCAGCAGCACAACAGUCACUGUCUGUACGUGACGGUACAGAACUGCGUGUGUCGCCUGGACGAGGAUGCCGAGAUUGUGCUGCUCAUCUGUGACGCCUCUGAUCCCGGUCGGCUGAAGGUUCUCACCGAGCCGUACGUGGUCACGUGGAAGGAGGGUCUGGAGAAGAACAUGGACCAGCUCAGCAGUCUGCGGGUCCUCUACACGGACCUGAGCAACUCGGACAUCGCCUCGGACCGUCUGUUCCUGGUGGGGUACGUGGUGAAGGUGGGAUCCUCGGCCAAACAUGACGCGGCCGCCGGACGACGCUCCAUGCAGAUCUCACACAAGCCGGCCAAGAAGACGGUGGAGAUGUGUCGCCGGCCGUUCGGCGCCGCCGCCAUCGACCUCUCGUCGGCCAUGGCCAGCGCUGCCAGCGGGGAUGAGGACGGCAAACACCGCUUCAUGCCCAUACUAACGUGCGGCGACAAGGACAGUCUGGAGGACACGGCUCGCCGGCUGGUGCGCGACAUCAGCGGGCGCGACUCCAAGGGACAGGGCCUCUGGGUGACCCUGCGGCUGCUGCACGGAGAAAAGGAACAGCACCCUCACCUGGCCAAGAUGGCGCUGGCCCGGCGUCUGGGGUUCCCGGAUGUCAUCCUGCCGACGGACGUACGGAACGACCUGUACCUGACCCUGCACAGCGGAGAGUUCACCCGCGGCAGCAAGGUCCAGGACCGGAACGUCGAGGUCACCGUCAAAGUCUGCAACCGAGACGGCUCCGUCCGACACGGUGUGAUAGAGCGCGGCGCCGGCUGUCCUCCCGUGGAGGAGUACCGCUCGGUGGUCUACUGGCACGAGAGCCGGCCGCGCUGGGCCGAGACGCUGAAGGUGGUGCUGCCCAUCGAGGGCGACUGCGACAGCCACGUCCGGUUCACCUUCAAACACAGAUCGAACAACGAGGUAAAAGACAAAUCUGAGAAGCCGUUUGGUCUGGCGUACGUGAAUCUUCUGCAGUCGGACUGUACCACGCUGCGGAACACGCGACAUGAGCUUAAUGUGUACAAGAUCAACUCCAAGUCAUACGAGGAGGGCGACACGUCGUACCUGAACCUACCGGCGCUGAAGUCGGACAUACGGGACGGGCAGCCCCGGCCAGAGAGCGGCCCCUACCUGCUGAGUCUACGGGACUCGUUCAGCCUCGAGUCCAUCACCUGUUCCACUAAACUGACGCAGGACGUGGACCUGCUCGGUCUGCUCAAGUGGUCCUCGGACCCCGGCUCACUGAAGGAGCGGCUGGCGCGACUCGACCGCAUCAGACAGGAGGAGCUGGUCAAGUUUCUGCGCGACAGUCUGGACGCGCUGUUCCACAUUCUGAUCCACUACGAGACUGACGAUACGUAUGAUGUGGACGUCUUCAACGCUCUGGUGACCAUCAUUUCAUCGGUGACCACCGAGCGUCGUUACCAGCACUUCCAACCGGUACUGGAGGCCUACCUGCAGAGCGCCUUCAGUGCUACCAUCGUCGACAGGAAGCUGAUGGGUGUGCUACAGACCUACAUCGAUAACGUCAGGGAUCCCGAGAGCCGUCUGCACCUUCUGAAGGCGCUCAGCUGCCUUAGAUACGUGUUCAAGUUUAUCAUCAAGUCGCGACAGCUCUACAUCAAGAUGAACGGCGGCCACGACGCGGCGUCGUUCGGCGGCACCACCCAACACCUGCUGCGCUCCUUCACCGGCCUGAUGUUGGACCGGGACACGGAGCUGGAGAGCGUACAGGAGGCGAUGCUGCAGCACCUGCCGUCUGCGGUCGACGACCUCACUGCUGUCUGUGAUCCCGUUCAGCUCAGCGAGGCGAUGGCCGAACUGGUGCGAACACUGGCCAAUGGCAACCUUACCGAGCGGAAGCUGUCAGUCAUCAGCCGCCUGGUCCACAGUCAGCUCUUCUCCAACCCGGAUGGACGACACGUGCUUCUGCCGGAGGUGGUGGCGGCUGUGGGACUGAUGUUUGACCUGCAGCAGCAGAACGGCGCCGGAGGCAUGGCUACCCUGCGCCAGCGGAACAAGCGGAGUCAAAAGCUGGCCCAGAUGCUGGGCGAACAGCGCACGGACGCGAUCGGACUGGACAAGGCGCGUGACGAGCUGCAGCGCAGUCGGGACGAGCUCCAGCUGUGUAUCGGCAUCCUGUCGGACGUACUGGACGUGCUCUGGCGCCAGCACGGCCAGCGCGGCGGCACGUCCAUCGACGUCGGCGUGGUCACCCAGCACCUGCUGCGGAAGGUGCUGCAGACGGUCGUCAGCGUCGAUCGCGAGGACACUCUGGUGUGCGGUCUGGUGGCGAUUCUGAUCUCGAUGCUACGUCAGAUGGAGAGGCACCACUACGACCAGUACAUGUCGGGCUUCACCGACGUGACCGACCAGCUCGCCUUCAUCACCGAGAUCCUGAUGGUGUUCAAGGACCUGGUGUCCAAGUGUGUCUACCCGCCGCUCUGGUGCGAGAUGAUCAUGCUGCAGAACAGCGUGAUUCUGAAGUCGCUGCGUCUGUUCUCUUAUACGAUCCGUGACCGGUUCCUGGAGCCCUACGAACACCAGAUCUGGAACAACUUCUUCCAUUGCGCCAUCUCGUUCCUAACGCAGAGUCCGCUGCAGCUGGAGACGUUCUCCGCCAGCAAGCGGUCCCGCCUGCUGGCGCGCUACAAGGACAUGAGGAAGGCCACUGCAGAGGAGAUCCGCACCAUGUGGAUCAGGCUAGGCCAGCACAAGAUCGCCUUCGUGCCGGCACUGGUGGGUCCGUUUCUGGAGAUGACAUUGGUGCCAGACCCAGAGCUGCGGGGGAUGACCAUCCCACUCUUCUUCGACAUGAUGCAGUGCGAGUUUUACUCGCCCAUCAAGCCUGGGUCGCAGUACAAUGACACCAAACGACAGGCCAGCGCCAGCAAAUGUAACUUCAAUGAGUUUGAGCACGAGAUGAUCAACAAGGUGGACCACCUGAUCGACGGCGGCCGCGGCGACGACUUCUACCGCGAGCUCUUCCGCGAGAAGAUGCUGGAACUGUGUGAGAAGCACAGCUCGAUGCGCGAACAGGGCGUCCGCUUCGUUGCCACGGUGACCGACCUGAUGAAGCGACUGCUGGAGUACCGCGCCAUCAUGCGGGACGAGAAUCAGGAGAACAAGAUGAGCUGCACGGUCAACCUGCUGCACUUCUACUACGAGAUCCACUGCCAGGAGAUGUACAUCCGCUACCUGUACAAGCUGCGCGACCUGCACGUGGCCGCCAACAACUACAUUGAGGCCGGCUUCACGCUGAAGCUGCACGCCGACCAGCUGCAGUGGUCGGACGAACAGCUGCCGGCAGUGCUCCGUCACCGCAGUGACUUUGGACCGCUGGAGACGCACAGAGCCAUGAAGGAGGCGCUCUAUAACAAAAUCAUCGACUACUUCGACAGGGGAAACCUGUGGGAGGCGGCGCUGCAGCUCUGUAAGGAGCUCUCCGGCCAGUACGAGGAGGCCACCUUCGACUACCACCAGCUCAGUCAGCUGCUACAGCGCAUGUCGCGCCUCUACGACAAAAUCCUGCAGGAGAUUCGGCCCGUGCCUGCCUACUUCAGAGUGGCGUUCUAUGGACGUGGCUUCCCGGCAUUCCUCCAGAACAAGGUGUACGUGUACCGUGGUCGCGGCUACGAGCGUCUGGCCGAGUUCAGCAGCCGCAUCCAGGACACGUUCCCCAAGGCCGAGCUGAUGGACACUCUGGAGACGCCCGGUCCGGAGGUCACAGAGUCACUGCAGCAGCUCCUGCAAGUGAACAGCGUUGACCCUGACAUGGAGGACAACAAGCGCUUCUCGGGAAAGCCCGUCACUGAGAAGAUAGUCCAGUACUACCGGGUGAACGACAUCGACCGGUUCGUGUACUCUCGUCGCAGCCAGCGCGGCGCCAAGGACCCCGACAACCCGUUCGCCAGCAUGUGGCUCCAGCGGACUGUCAUGAGAACCUCCUCCAAACUGCCAGGGAUCCUGGCCUGGUUCCCGGUGACGGCCACCGAGACGUACGACGUGACGCCUCUGGAGCACGCCAUCGAGACGAUGACGACCAAGAACCGCCAGCUGCGCGAGCUGAUUCUGUCCAACCGGAGCGACGCAGCACUGCCGCUCAACCCGCUGACACAGACGCUGACUGGUAUCAUCAACCCGGCGGUCAUGGGCGGCACCGCCAACUAUCAGACGUUUUUCACGCCGGAGUACGUGGAGAGGAACCCGGACGACGCCACACUGGUGGCCAAGCUGAAGGUGCUCAUCGCUAAGCAGAUUCCGCUGCUCGAGGCAGGACUGGAGACACACGGCCAGCGGGCGCCGGACAACCUGAAGCCGCUACAGACCAUGCUGGAGGGCAUCUUUGACGACAUGAGGACAGAGGUGCAGGAUAAAUUCGGCGUUCAGGAGUGUGACCUGCCGUACCAGCGGCCGGUGGUGGCUCUGCGGCACCACCGUCCGUCUCUGGCCGGCUGGGAGCGGCAGGACUCCAGUCUGUCCGAGUCAGUACACACCAGCGCGGCCAACGCGAGUGCCAGCCUCUCCUCGACGACGCUGACCAGUCCUCAGAACGGCACGGCGCCGUUCCUGUCGCUGAUGAACCUCUCCCAGAGCUUCAGCAGCGGCGGCACGCUCAAAUCCCAGAAAUCCGCCACGUCCCUACCCCGCUCCAAGACCAUUUUCUACAGCCAAGCCAGCAACCUGUCGGCGGCGGGCGCCGUGGCGUCGACGCCGGUGCGCAGUCGAGACCGACGCGACCAGAAGCGGGGCAGUAUCACGUCGCAGACCUCAGAGUCCACCAUCAUACUGUCGGAGGAGCUGCGGCCGGCGCGUCCGCUGCGCUCGGAGGUUGAGAGGGAGCGGCGUCUGACGCGCCCCUGCAGUGGACAGUACUCCCUGCGGCACUCUCCAUCGACGAGCACUUUGAGUUCCCGCGACUCGCUCGGUCCGCCCAUGGACGAGGACUCUGAACCGCCGCCGCCUCCGCUGCCGGCCAAACAGAGCCGCCAGAUGUCCAUGCACAUCGAACCCGACGGACAGGACCUGUCGUCUCUGCUGCCGGAGCCGCUGCCGCCCUCCCAGGAGGAACCGCCGCCCAAGCCGCCCCUCGGCCCCCCUCCCGGCGAGUCGUCAGUGUGAACCAGCCUUUCAGAAUAUGUCCGCACACACAAAUAUCAGGUCUUUCCAGCGGGCAUUUCCGUCGAGAUUGGUGACCGUGUUGGUUUGGGAGAACCGCCGUAGAACGUUUAGAUCGGUCAUGAAAUGUAGUCAGAGUGUCAGCGAUGAAACAGCGGUGUUGUGGAUGAAAGUUCAGGGGGUGGAAUGAAGGGAAUGGCAUUUGAGAAGGGUGACAAGUCGAGUGGCAUUGUUCAGGAUUGACUAGCGAGCUUCUCCGUUGUUCCGGGCGGACUUUUCUGUGAGCCUCGCCUCAAUAUGUUAGCGCCCGACGUGUAGACAUGUAUUCCUUCCUCGCCGUUAUGCAAGCUUAUAUCGCGGCAUGUUUGUAUGUAUGUAUGUGAGUCGGGUUUAUGUCGUUCCAGCGCCAGUGGGUGCUGCUUGCUCAGUUGGACGGGUGUGCCGCACACCGCCCUGUGGUAAUCAAUGGCCAGUGUGGGGGGAUGUACCGGGGCGCCGACCAUGUAGUCCAAAUAUGUAGCGUGGACGGACGGUAGAGUGUAGUGUUGUGUCGGCCGACUGGGGAGCGUAGUUAGUAACCGAGACCAUGACAGCAGUCCCUGCCAUCCAACAGCCUAGCCACGUACGCUUAGCAGUGCGGAGUGGCCCACAGUCGCCUGUGCAGUAUUUCCCGGCCGCCGCCCGAUGUUCUGCCUCUGACGUACGCGCGCGUCCUGUCAGUGGCUACAGAGUUCUAGUCCGGUUCCGGGAUGAUGAAACGCGAUGCUAAUCAGUGGGUGAACCUGCCGGCCUAUGGAAGUAUCUAGUCCGCUUUCUACGGGAGCCAGAGUCGGUAGAGCCGUGCAAAGUCGAGGCGGAGAGGCCAGUAGAGCCUCUACCGGGCUUGGUGGAGAUUAGCCGUGGCUUGUACCGGUAACCAGAUUGCUUAUUUGAGGUAUGAAUGGGACCAGCAAUGUCCUGCUUCCGAGCUCAAUGCUGGCUGUUCCAGCCGAUUCCGUACACAAUGCGGGCUGUUUAAAGAGGACCAGAUUUUUAGCUUUGUGAUCGCUUUGCCAUGAUUUUGUAGCGCGUCUCGCGCGAUGCAGUGCGCUGCCUGUAAUGUGUUUCUACAAAGCUUAUCGCAUGGGCAUUCAAUCAUUCCGCGUUUCGAUGUUUCCUGUAUCUGUCGCUACAGAACGUACCGUACAACGCUGUUAUCACAAACCCCACCGAGUUUUCCGUCACAUAUCAGCUGUGCCGCCCGCCUCAGCGCGGGUAGACCUUAAUUCCCCGGCUGUCGGCCCGUGACGCCUGCGGACGGCUGCGUAACUUCUGGUCAUGUGAGUGUAACCGUCGCCUACAUUAUUGUAUUUGAACAAUGUGCUUUGAAUACAAACAGUUACGCUGG